AUGGAAGACGCGCUUGCAGUACUACUCAGAGGCUUGACGGAUUACAGGAAUGGCGAGAGUGACAACAAUCGAUCUGAAAUGUUCGAUGGUAUUGCCAACUGCCAGAUAGGAGCCAGAAACGCCAUGAUGGGCCUCAUCCUGUGGAACAUACCAAUGGGCCUUUCGCACGCCAUUGGGCACCAGCUUGGUAGUACGUGCGGUGUUAUGCACGGCGUUACAUCCUGCAUCAUGCUCGCCCCAGUCCUACGCUACAAUGCGUCUAAAUCAGAGAAGCAAAGACGUUUACAGCAGAGCGUGCUGGGGAUCUGGAAUAAAGUCCUUGAAAGAGACGAGCCCGGCCUUGCGGAUGCGGUAGCCAAUUUUGUGAAAACUCUAGGGCUGCCGAGUACAUUGAGGGAAGUAGGUAUCCAGGAACCAGCGGACAUUGAAAAAGUAGUUGAUAGCACCAUGACUGACGAUUUCGGAGCUAUGGAAGGUAUGGGCCAAAAGGAGGACGUGCUGGCUAUCCUAGAGUCGGCGAAGGGUAGAGAGACCGAAGAUGGGUGUCUAGACGGCGACGCACCGAUGUAG